UUUCGCUAUUCCAAAAGAAAAAAGACGAAUAUUCUAGUCGGCAACUCAUCGCAGUGAAAAAAUACAGCAAAUAAAAAGUUUUUUCUGUGUGAUUCUUUCCAUAUUAAUUUGUCUGUUCUCCAUUUUAUUCUACCAAUUACAAUAAGUAAGCCUCAAGAUUCGAUAUCGCAAUGGCGUGUCCGAUCGACCCAGCCGAACUAAAAAAGCUGAAAUUUUUCGUCGACUUGUGCUCAGCACAGCCGCAGCUAUUGAAUCUACCUCAGCUGGAAUUCUUCAAGAGUUUCGUUGAAAAACUCGGCGGCAAAAUUCCGGAAGGUAAACCAGACUUUGGAGACGCCCAUUUCAAAACAGAAGAGCCGAAAAAGGACGAAGAGCCUGCGAAGAAGGAAGAGUCUGAACCGGAAUCAGACAUUGAACUUGAUACGGAAGGAUGUGUUGAGCCGGACAAUGAUCCUGAACAACCUAUGGGAGAUGCCUCGAAGGAACCCAGUGAGGACGAAAUCGACAAAGCAAACGAUCUACGUUCCCAGGCAACGGCGGCUUACUCCGAACAGAAUUACGAGGAUUCCAUUAAGCUGUACACGGAAGCAAUUGAGCUGAACCCUAAGAGUGCUUUGUACCACGCAAAACGCGGACAAGCCUAUCUGAAAAUGUCCAAACCGAAUGCCUGUAUCCGUGAUUGUACUCGUGCUUUGGAAAUAAAUCCCGACUCCGCCACAGCAUACAAAUUCCGUGGACGAGCCAAUCGUUUAUUGGGAAAAUGGGAAGAGGCAGCUAAGGACCUUCGCCAAGCUUGUAAGUUGGACUACGACGAGGAAGCCGAUGAAUGGUUGAAGGAAGUUACGCCCAAUGCGAAGAAGAUUGAACAGCACAAGCUCAAACAAGAGCGUCGUCGUCAAGAAAAGGAACUGCAGGAAAAGCAGGAGCGCGUUCGUAAGGCGCAAGAAGCUAAUCGGAAGGCGGCGGAGAAUAACGCUCACGGAAAUAGCGGCGAUGGGGAUGAUUCGGAAAGCUUUAUAAACGCGUUCAAGGAUCCGGAGAUCGCCGAAGCUCUCCAGGACAUCAUCGCUAAUCCAGCGAACAUCAGCAAGUAUCAGAACAACGCCAAGGUAAUGAAUCUUGUUACGAAAAUUGCAUCGCAAUCUUCGGACAGCUUCCCAACCUUCGGGCCGACGGGUCCGUCUCCGUUUGCCGGGUUUAUGGGUGCCCGCAGUUUCGAAGAUGGAACCAUGGGAUCGGACAGUGAGUCUACCGGUCCCAAAUGUACGGAUGAAUUAGAUUAGGCCCUCUUUUCAAACCAUGAUGUUACACGAAUAGAUGGAUGCAUUUUUAUGUUGGGGUUUGAUGGAACAAGUAAUGUUAAAUGAAAAAUUACUUUAGCUUUCUUCGUGGAUCACAUUAUUUUUGGCCAAUAGACUGUUGAAAGCUGCACGUUGAAGAGUUUGUCUCCAAUGUCAAAAUUUGCUUUAAAAUAUUUAACCUCUACUAUUCCAAAUAUAUUCUUUGAAUAAUGUAGUUGCGGUUAGAGCGAUAAAAGAAACGUCAUAAUAAAGUUCACGUGUUCUUGAACGGCA